UGCCAUAGUCCUGCUCUUGUUUCUAUCUUGCAUCGCUCAUCCAUUUCGACAUUCGUUUAGCCACACUGCUUUCACACUUCUGGAUUUCUUUGUGAGAGCUGUGGACCCAAAGAAACAGGGGCCAGCCUUCAGGCAAAGUUAUUACGAAACACCGAACAUCUUCUGGAACACGACUUCCUUGGGAGCGAUCGCCGCCCUGGGUGUAGCUCUCUACGAGCGACCAUCUCAUCCCACUGUUCAGGCUUGGGACAACAUUCUUUACCCUUCGAGGGGCGGCACAUCUUUCGAGGCGAAAGUCUGAGCACGCGACAAUGCGGUCGUCUGUAGGAAUACGCCGACUUCUUCCUCUAUGUCUCCUCAGCGCGCUGCCGGCCAGCGUGCUGGCUGGGGAUGUCUUAUCAACAGAUGGAUACAGUCUUUGCAGCAGUGACCCAGACAUUCAAGUCCAGGCACUGGACGUCUCAUACAACAAGCAUACGAGAAGGAUAACGUUCGAUGUCGCCGGGUCUAGUGCAUCGGAGGUGAAUGUCACGCUGGAGCUGGAAGUGAGCGCAUACGGAAAGACUGUAUACACCAAAGACUUCAAUCCUUGUGACGAGAACAUGUCGCAAAUGUGUCCUGUGCCGGCAGGCUCGUUCUCGUCAAAAGGCGAGCAGACAAUACCAGAGGAGUACGCCAGUAAGAUCCCAGCCAUCGCUUUCUCGAUACCCGACCUCGACGGAUUGGUGAAAUUGCAAGUGAAGAGUUCGUCGGGUGCAGAGAUCGCUUGUAUCCAAAGCAGUAUCUCCAAUGGACACACUGCCAGCAUGCCCUCCGUCACAUACGCAGCAGCUGGUGUCGCGGCUGCAGCUCUUGCUUUCUCGGCGGUCGGCGCGGUCGCUGCUGGAGGACAUCCAGGAGCAGCAACUUCAUCGCCCACCUUCACGGAAGUUAUUGGUUGGUUUCAAGGCAUGGCGAUGAACGGAAUGUUGAGCGUUCAGUAUCCGAAAGUGUACCGGUCUUUUGCGACCAACUUUGGCUUCUCUUGCGGACUUGUGCAAUGGGGCUCCAUGCAGACCGCGAUCGACAACUUCCGCGCGAAGACUGGAGGCAACAUUACGGACAAUAGCUACGAAGACCUCAAGAACAACGCGACACUCGUUUACAACGAUGGCUACACUAACUCCAGCUUAACGAAGCGAGCUCUCAACACUGCCCUUCUCUGGGCUCGCGAUGGUACGACAGUAAAUGUGAAUGGAACAGAGUCAACAGUUGGCGGCGACGGCUCCAGCUCAAAUUCGACCACAAAUGAAAGCACGAAGGACGAGAAGUUCGUGAGCGGAAUCCAGGCCUACGUCGAACAGCUCUCGAUUCCUUCGGCAAACACUUUCAUGACGGUGCUUCUGGUCUGGGCCAUUGUCGUGGCUGCUAUCAUCGUCCUCAUUCUUCUUGGCAAAUGCAUUCUGGAGGCAUGGGCAAUGUUCGGGAAGCUCUCACACGGCAUGGAAUCCUGGCGCAGGCGAUAUUGGUGGCGCAUGGCCAAGGCACAGAUCAAUUUGGUUCUCAUGCUCUACGGGGUGUGGACCAUGUGGUGCGUCUAUCAAUUCACUACCGGUGAUUCAUGGGCUGCGAAAGUGCUGGCUGGUGUCACAUUGGGACUCUUUACUGCUGUGCUUGGUGGCUUUACCUGGCGAGUCGUGACCAAAGCCCGACAGUACAAGAAAAUGGAAGGCGACACUUCAAAACUCUACGAAGACAAGGAUGUCUGGAUCAAGUACUCCCUCUUCUACGACAACUUCAAGAAAAACUACUGGUGGAUCUUCAUCCCAGCCAUCAUCUACAUGUUCGUCCGAGGCUGCAUCAUCGCCGGCGCAAACGGGCACGGAAUGGUCCAAGUCGCCGGCCAACUCAUCGUCGAAGCCCUAAUGCUCGCCCUCCUCCUCUGGACCAGACCCUACCAGCGAACCAGCGGAAAAUGGAUCAACAUCGUAAUCCAAACCGUCCGCGUCCUCUCCGUAAUCUGCGUCCUCGUCUUCGUCGAAGAACUCGGCCUAAGCCAAACCACAAAAACCGUCACCGGCGUCGUCCUAAUCGUAGUGCAAUCCGUCAUGACCGGAAUCCUCGCCAUCCUCAUCGCCGUAAACGCAAUCAUAACCUGCGUCCGCGAAAACCCCCACCGCCGAGCCCGCAAAGAAAAAGAACGCCUGAACCGCGACCUCGAUAACCUCACCCCUCUCGACGCAAGGAAUAGUCUCCUCAUGACCAGCGACGUCAAACACGCUGGCCCACCUUCAUACAAAACCGCGGCUCCCUUCGUCUCUUCUUCCCCUUUCGCUGAUCAUAGAGGUCGCUACGAUCCAGUCGUCAACAGAGGCGACUCCCCGCAUAGAGAACCUUCCACUUACCAGGACGACGACCGUUUGGUCGCUUCGGCUGCAGAUAUGGGAGUUCGAGAUCCUAGCUAUAAUCAUUAUCGAGAUCACAGUCGAGGGUCUUCAGUGAAUUCUCGCGAACCUAGGUUACCAGAACUGAAUUUUGGGACGCGAGGGGUAUGAUUGUCUUUGGCGCGCGUGUGUGUUUUAGGCAAUUCUUUUUUUUUGGCAUUUGUAUAGGGAGUUGAGUGGAGUGGAGUUUUUUUUUCUAUAAAUUACGGCUGUCACAUAUCGUAUGGGAAUGACGGCCUACGACAUCUGGGCUUGUUUUUCGUGUAUAGGGAGAGAGAGAGAGAGAGAGGCAUAUUGCAUUGCAUUGCAUAUAUUUUUUUUGGUAAUUUGAAGGAACCUGACAACGGUGAUUCGGAACGUUGGAAGUGAAUAGAUAUUCGAGAAUGAAAAUGAAAUUGCAUAAUCCUCU